AUUAGUUGUAAAUGAAAAAUAGAAAAAACUCUUUCCAGGCGUUUGUUCUUCUUUUGUUUCUUUUCUGUUUAACGACCAACGACCAGUUUAGCCCUGAACAGCGCCAUUACAAAAACCUGCGUCUGCACACACCGCGGGGAUGAAAGUCAACAUCACACUAUAAAUUGCCCAAAAAAAAUACCAUAUUUUUUCUGGGAUUUUAGCAAGAAAUUGUGGAAUGCAAGCCAAUUUUUAGUCCCUUGAAAUUUCAACUCUAACUCAACAAAUUGAAUAUUGUCCUUCUCUGAAAGGACUCUGCUAAAGUUCCCGUCUUUUGGCGAUUUGGUUGGCCCUUUUCUGGUUUGGACUCUGUUUAAUCCUUUCCAAAAGGGAAACAUCCGCUUGAAUUGAAUGGAAGCUAAAAUGUCAAUGAGGGCUGCAACUAAUACGCCAGCCCAGAUGGUUUCCAUGGCGUCUUUCAAUGUAAGGCCCAAAUUCAACGUUUUUAAGCCAACCCCAGUUUGGAAAUCUAUCACUUUCGGUGCCCCUUUGGUCAUUCAAGCUCAAAAGGUAUCUACCAUUUUAUCAAUCAUAUGGACUGCAGUGAUUUCAUGUCCGAAAUCAAAGAAGUUGCUGCCGAAGUUUCUGAAAAAGAUGCCUUGAAGGUUAAGGAGUGGGAAGUUGGUAUGCUGCAAGACGAGGUAGCUGCAAGCCAAGGUAUAAGGAUUAGGAGACGGCCCCCUACUGGCCCCCCUUUGCAUUACGUUGGUCCUUUUGAGUUUAGGAUACAGAAUGAAGGUAACACUCCACGGAAUAUCCUUGAAGAGAUUGUUUGGCACAAGGACGUUGAAGUGGCACAGAUGAAAGAGAAAAUGCCUCUUCCUUCUUUGAAAAGAGCCCUUGACAAUGCUCCACCAGUUAGAGAUUUUCUUGGAGCCCUAAAGGCGGCAAAUGCACGAACUGGAUUGCCAGGUCUAAUUGCUGAAGUGAAGAAGGCAUCUCCAUCUAGAGGAGUCUUGAGGGAAAAUUUUGACCCAGUUGAAAUUGCUAAAGCCUAUGAAAAAGGUGGAGCAGCAUGCCUUAGUGUUUUGACUGACCAGAAAUAUUUUCAAGGAGGCUUUGAGAACUUGGAGAAAAUUAGGAACUCUGGAGUGCAGUGUCCUCUCCUAUGCAAAGAAUUUGUCAUAGAUGCUUGGCAAAUCUAUUACGCUCGUACUAAAGGUGCAGAUGCAAUUCUCUUGGUUGCUGCAAUUUUACCAGAUCUUGAUAUUCGAUACAUGACUAAGAUCUGCAAAUUGCUGGGGUUGACUGCACUUGUUGAGGUACACGACGAGAAGGAGAUGGAUCGCGUACUGGGAAUAGAAGGGAUUGAACUUAUUGGCAUAAACAACCGUAAUCUUGAGACAUUUGAAGUCGACAUAAGUAACACAAGAAAUCUUCUUCAAGGAGAACGUUGGCAAAAAAUCCAAGAAAAAGGCAUUAUUGUGGUUGGGGAGUCUGGACUUUUUACUCCUUCUGAUAUUGCUUAUGUGCAAGAAGCUGGCGUAAAAGCGGUUCUGGUUGGAGAAUCCAUUGUGAAGCAGAGUGAUCCAACAAAGGGAAUUACUGAACUCUUUGGAAAAGAUAUCUCCUGCUGAUGAAAGGAGCGCCUCGGAUGGAUUGGACAAAGUGGUUCGAAUCACAAGUCUAAACCACCGUUAAAUGUGAUUUUUCAGCAGCUAUAGAAUUGCAUUGCAUGUUGUAUCUCUAUUUUCCUCCCCACCCUUCUUCUUUGUUCAACGGAUAGUUACAGACAAUGUUCAUCGAGUUAUCAAAUAUCAGCGGAACUGGCUCAUUAUGAGCCGACUUUGAAUCUUUGUGGUUAAUACUUAUUAUACCUUUUGAAUAAUAAAUAUGUGCCUUUUAAACCCAAAAUAGG